CCGCGCCCCGCCCCGCCGCGCUGGGGAUGCGGGGCUGCCCCGGCGCUCCCGGGGGCGGCUCCUGCCCCCUGCCCCCGCCGCGCAGGUGGAGCUGCCACAUGAAGCUACAUUUGUAGGGGGCUGCAGGACUUGCCUGUUGUCAUCUGGUAAAGAAAAUAAAAUGGUUGAGAAUCACACAUCUGGUUAGUGAGAGAGCCAGGAACAGAACAUGGGUUUUGUGAUCAUCAGUUCAGCAGAUUGCUCCCUAAAGAGAGGGAGGGCAGGGCCUACGUGUCCAUCUAUGCUCAUCUGACAAGAUGGUGUUUCAGAAACCACCCGAUGGUGGCUGGGGCUGGGUGAUUGUUAUCGUUUCCUUCUUUACUCAGUUCUUGUGUUACGGAUCACCGCUGGCGGUGGGAGUCUUGUAUUUAGAAUGGUUGGAUGCUUUUGGAGAAGGAAAAGGCAAGACUGCUUGGGUUGGAUCACUAGCAAAUGGAAUCGGAUUGCUUGCCAGUCCUGUGUGCAGCAUUUGCGUAUCAUCCUUUGGAGCAAGACCAGUAGCAAUCUUCAGUGGCUUUAUGGUGGCUGGUGGCCUCAUGAUGAGCAGUUUUGCACCUAACAUAUACUUUCUCUAUCUUUCAUAUGGGAUUGUUGUUGGACUUGGAUGUGGCCUUUUGUAUACUGCAACGGUGACCAUCACUUGCCAGUAUUUUGACAAACGCAGAGGCCUUGCACUUGGUCUGAUUUCAACAGGCUCAAGUGUUGGACUCUUUAUAUAUGCAGCACUGCAAAGAGAGCUUAUUGAGCUGUACGGACUGGAUGGUUGCCUGCUAAUAGUUGGUGCACUAUCUCUAAAUAUAUUAGCGUGUGGCAGCCUAAUGAGACCAUUGGAGUCAUCUGAUUCCCCUUCACCAGAAAAAACACGUAUAGACAAAGUCCCAGAUCAAUAUUUUGUUUACCAUGAAAAAGAAAAGACUGUUGAAGAAAAUAUAAGCAUCCUUGAAAAGGGCUACAUUGAUGAGAAAUGCACAAACAAUGUGCCUGACUACAAACAAGAUAACAUUUUAACUAAGAAUGUAUUGAGCUCAAUAAAUGUAAAUGAGAAAGACACUUAUAAAAAGAAAGUUGUGGAACAGACGAACUUCUGCAAGCAACUAGCCAAAAGAAAAUGGCAGCUCUAUUUGAACUACUGGGAGGAAACUGUAGUUCUUUUUAAGAACAGAGUAUUUUCAGCUCUCUUUUUUGCCAUCUUGCUCUUUGAUAUUGGUGGAUUUCCUCCUUCUCUGCUCAUGGAAGACAUAGCGAGAAGUGCAAACAUCAAUGAGGAAGACUAUCAUAUGCCCCUUGUUUCCAUUAUAGGCAUUAUGACUGCUAUUGGCAAACUUAUUUUAGGAAUACUGGCAGAUUUUAAGUGGGUUAACACAUUAUAUCUAUAUGUACUUACCUUACUAAUGAUGGGAGCGGCCUUGCUUGCAAUUCCAUUUGCCAGAAGUUACUUUACGUUAGCAGUGCUUUCUGGGAUUCUGGGUUUUCUGACUGGGAACUGGUCAAUUUUUCCAUAUGUAACAACAAAGACUGUGGGAAUUGAGAAACUGACUCAUGCUUAUGGGAUACUGAUGUUCUUUGCUGGACUUGGAAACAGCCUCGGACCACCGAUUGUAGGUUGGUUUUAUGACUGGACGCAGGAGUAUGACACUGCAUUCUAUUUCAGUGGCUUUUGUGUUUUACUGGGAGGAUUUCUUCUGCUGUUGGCAGCGUUACCCUGCUGGAAUGCUUGUACCAAUCAGAGCUCAAAGCUGCCUCCAAAUACUUACUCCUACAAAGUUGCUUCUAGUGCUUAGCUGACAACUGGAAAACACUACUUUAUGCCUUUUUUUACAUAUGAUAUAGCAAAGGAUUUUAGUAAUUUUUCACUUAUUUAUGAAGUCCAAAAAUCCUUAUCCACUAGAAAAAUUCUAUUGCUGGUUUAUGGUCAGCUUUUUUUUUUUUUUUUUCCCCUUUUUUUAUCCCUCCCCCCCUUUUUUUAAGAACAGUCUUAUUUUGUCUACUGUGCACUGUGUUUUCUGCCUUUGUCUACUGCAAUUUCCUCUCAGCCUGUAAUGGAUAUAUUGUGCUGUAUUAUUGGCUGUACUGUUUUUGUUGUUGUUUUUUAAGGGAUAGGGAGUGUGAAGGGUUGAAGACAUUGAAGCAAAAAUGAAGGCCUAUUUCUUAUUGGAGAAGAAUGACAUUUCUGUCACCUUUUAUAGGUCUCCAAGUUGCACAAUCAGACUUUAUGAAACAAAAAUUUGCCUUAAGAGAAUAUAAUGCUAUGGCAAGGUGCUUGUAACAUCAUGUUUAGAUUAACUUUCUGACUUUUUAAAGUUUCUCCAAUUUACAAUGAAGUGCCAAUGAGGGAGGAAGAACAAAACCAUCCUUCUGUUGCAUUAAUGAACUUUAUGAUGAAAGUAAAGAUUCUUACUACCACUGCGA